ACACACACUGGAGAGAAACCUUAUGAAUGUAACCAGUGUGGUAAAGCCUUUGCACAAAACAGUCAUCUCAUAAGCCAUAAAAGAACACACACUGGAGAGAAACCUUAUGAAUGUAAUGAGUGUGGUAAAGCCUUUGCAAAAAACAGUCAUCUCAUGAGCCAUAAAAGAACACACACUGGAGAGAAACCUUAUGAAUGUAAUGAGUGUGGUAAAGCCUUUGCACAAAACAGUCAUCUCAUAAGCCAUAAAAGAACACACACUGGAGAGAAACCUUAUGAAUGUAACCAGUGUGGUAAAGCCUUUGCACAAAACAGUACUCUCUUAAGCCAUAAAAGAACACACACUGGAGAGAAACCUUAUGAAUGUAACCAGUGUGGUAAAGCCUUUGCAGAAAACAGUCAUCUCAUAAGACAUAAAAGAACACAU